AUGGCUUAUGACAAUUGGAAGCAAUAUUUUGAUUUUUCUCCAAUCGAGAAUAACCGAACGAAUGGUCUUUGCAAGUUGUGCCAUCGAAAUUACAAAGACAAGUCCGGUAUAUAUAGCAACUUCUUAAAACACUUCAAACGAGUUCAUCGGUUCGAAUAUGAUCAAUUAUUCAAUCGUGACAAUGCAUUUCUGAUGGAAGAAAAUGGAGAAUUAAAUGACACCCAAACUAUAUUUGAUUUAACAAAUACGAAAUAUAAAGAAAAUCGAAUUGUUUUGUCAAUUGCCAAGAAUCUCAUUGUUCGAUGUAACUUACCACUGAAUUUAGUUGAAAAGGCUGCAUUUCGUGAUUUUCUAAAAGAUUGCAACUUCAAAUUUCCAUGCAUAUCAAGCAAGAAAUUGAAACGCACUAUCAUACCAUCCCUGGUCGACAUCGUUCGGAAACGAAUUCAAGAUGUAUUAAGUACCACUGAAUAUGUUACACUAACUGUAGAUCUGUGGUCGGAUCGACGUUGUCGAUCAUUCAUUGGUCUUACAUGCCAUUUAAUUGAUGAAAGAAUGAUACCACAAGCUUAUUUGAUAGAUUUUCUACGUUUUAAAUCUCCCCAUAACAAUGAAGCAAUUCAUCAAGUGACAGAAGAAGUACUUGAACGUUUCAAUAUUAAACGGAAGGUGUUUAGAAUAACAACAGAUAAUGCAUCAUCGAUGAUCAAAGCAUAUAAAUUUGGCUUGAGUAUUUGUGACAAUGAAAAAUCCAAUGAUGAUUGCAUUCACCCUAUGUUUGAUGAAGCAUUCACUGUUGAUGAGUGCGACUUCGACACGUUAUCGAAUGAUAUCCAGAGGACAGACGUACAAGAGGGUAACUUUUCUGAAAGUAGAAACAUGGGACCUAUACGAAUAUCCUGUUUUGCACAUACUAUUCAACUCUGUGUGCGCGAUGGAUUGAAGAAUGAAACACAAAUAUCUCGAGUGUUAGAAAAAUGUCGAUUAGUUGCCAAAUUUUCGAAUCAAUCGUCAAAAAUUGCCGAUAUAUUAGAAGAAUUAAAUAAACAUAUCCAUAAAAUGAAUAUUACUCGUUGGAACAGUGAAUAUCUUUUGAUCAAAUCUAUUUUGGCUCUCGACAAAAAAGAUUUGGCACUGAUCACGAAAGCAAUGGACUAUCCAGUUAUUUUCUUAUGUGAUGAUUUCAAAAUAUUAGAAGAAAUGAUUGAAAUUUUAGAACCAUUUUAUGAAAUUUCCAUCAAAUGUCAAUCAGAUACACUUGUUACUGCUAGUCUCGUGGUACCCGCCAUCGUUCACAUUAUUGCUCAUUUACGUGAUACGAAAGAGACUGGCUCAUGUGUUACUAAAUUAGUUGGACAAUUACAGUCGUCAGUUGAAAAACGCUUUUCUGGUAUUCUUCGUCGAUUGAAUUUUGAACAAGUGGAUAAUAAUGAACCAUUCGAUGAUCCUCUUUAUUUUAUGGCAGCCGUGCUAGAUCCAUCCUUUAAGUUUUUUUGGAUUCGUGACCUUAAACUAACCGCCAAUACGGAAAAUCGCUUGAAACAAAAUAUAAUUCAGCUGAUUCUCGAUGAAAUUAGUAAAGAUUUGACAAUAUCAGACUCGUCGAAUAAUCGAACCAAUGUAUCUUCUUCGUUAUUAUCUGGGACUUCCAAGAAUAAGAAGAAGAAAUUAUUCGCUUAUGGUUGUGAGAAUGAUCACGAUGGGAAUACCACCACUGACUCUGAUCCACGUUCCGAGCUUGAAAGCUAUCUAAAUGAUC